GUGAUAAGAGCAUUCAGCAGCUCACUCGGCAUUGUGGCUCCAGGCUCGAUAGUACGCUAAAGUGAGACGCGUCUAACGUUUCGUGAGUGCUCCACGGUUUCGGAAUACGCAAAAUGUGCUCGGCGUUGUUCACUGACGCGAGAAAGCAAACCACUCGAGAGGAAAGAGAGACAGAACGUUUUUGAGAAGCUUCUAUGGCUCUAAUCCGGACAUGCUGCUGUUGGAAGAGUGUGAGGAGGGGAAGUUUUGCAAGCGGCAUAUUCACGUUGAUUUACUUUACCAUUUUCUUCACAACUGGCAUGUUUACCAUCACUUCAAACGAAGAGGAAGGCGGAGACCACGGACCCCAAACACUUAUGAUAUUGGCCGUGCUCCUGGCGGGGUGCUGCGUGCUAUCUUCCAUUCUGCUCCUAGUAGGGCUAUGCGUGGACAGCGCACGGAUGCUGAUACCGUGGAUCUGUUUCGUUUCCAUCACAACCCUGCUCGAAUUCGUCAUCUUGUUCUACAUGAUUGGUGAAACGGUUCUCGAUCCAGUGCGGGCGUCGUUUUUUGCUGUCGACCUCAUCGUCUGCGCGCUCAGUGUCUAUGGUAUUUUGUGCGUCGUCUCUCAGUACCAGGAGUACACUGCGGGUAGGGGACGACGCGACCAACAGCAAGCACUACAGGCUGCCACCGUCAAGUUCAACAAUAAUACACCGGGAGACAGAAGCAACGGAGUACAAAAGACGCAACCCAGAGUGGUGAUCAAGGUGUGCAACACUUCUUCCACAACUGCAUCCCACCAUUUAUUGUUGCCUACCACGCCAUCAGCCACUUCGAGUAGCGUCUCCAGGCCGUCGGGCGCUGAGGUGACGUCUGUCUCUGAUCGGUCACCAUCUCCCCCUAUCCAGGUCGGAAUUACAGUCGGUACCUUGAGGGUAAACCCAAUGGCCACAAUUAAUCAAGAUAUGAAAGGUCCACUUGAAGACAUCAAGAGACACCAGAUUAUAUCAGACGAGAGUCCAGAGCCGUCACCCGAUCUCAGCAGACGGCACAGUGAGAGAGAGCCACUGCUGGAUAAGGAAGUUACCACAAAGAAGAAUUAUAAGGACAAUAUUCUGCGCAGCCAUCUCAAGAGAGACAUGUUCGCUUUCCAAAAGUCAAGCUCCCAGUCUUCAACGAGAAACGAAGACCAAAAUGUGGAUCCUAAAUUAGAAGACGCAUCAAGCCCAGUGACCAACCUGUGACCAACGCAGUUGUUCCCCCAUUUAGUGGCGUGACCCUAUUCAACCUUCUGUGAUAAUUUGUAGAUAUUACGCCUAGCGUUCUUCCAGAGCAUCUGAUCAGCUUAGAUCAGCAGCGGUGCAACGUCAUGUGAUCUGCAGAGAGAACACGCCUCGUCCAGAAUAAGUGUGACCAGUGGACAAAGGGCAAAAGUUGAAAGUUCAGAGUCGAGGAUGGAUAUGAGCAGUAGAGUUACACUUAAGUAUUGACUUUUAGGGACGUUCAUCGUCAAGUUUUUCAGGACAGUGAGACGCAUAACGACGAGAGUGCUUGAACUGACGAAAGCCUUUUCCCGAGCUGCACUGCACUAAAGUCGCUGCCGUGGCAUGUCUCUCGUAGUUUGAUUUCACCUUCCUUUUUAUUAUCGGUGCACAGUUCCCGUUAGUUCAGGAAAAGACAUUGACGCUACAAUGACAAACAACAAAGAAGAUACCCUUGGCUGUGCUCACGGAUACGCUGAGUUGUGCGUCUGCUAUGCUACCACAAGAAAAGUCUGGAGAGUUCCUGUUCUUGGUGGACGCACGAUAUUUAUGUGUGUCAAAUGUAGUUCAUGAAUAUGUAACGUAACUGAUAUCAGUACGCUUUGCAAUGCACAUCGGACGACAAACCUCAAGGUAGAAGAAACAAAUAUUAUAUCUACAAACAGAACAUGACUAACGGUCACACUAAAGCACAUCACAUCUUCAGUUGCAGGUAACCUGAAGAGAAUAAAGAAAAAUUUAAGGUGAAGGUGAUUCGUGACGGGUAUGGUUGAGUAUAUGAGGCAGAGAAGUGAAUAAAGAAGAUUGUGCUCAAGACAUGAACGGCAAAGUUCUAGAACAACAGUAUUAAAAAGAAACAGUAUUUUCAUGUGAGAGUUGAAAAGUACAGGUUUCUAAAUUCACUUUCAUUUUGCUUACCAAGCAUGUAAACUCUGAAAUAUAACAUACACUGCAUCCACAUACGAUUAAACACGCCGCACGAAAGUAAGUUCAUCCCAGCAG